AUGGCGGCGGCCGAGGGCCUGUCCAAGGCCGAGUACCUGCGGCGGCGCUACCUGGAGCCGGGCGGGGCCGAGGCCGAGGCCGAGGCGGCCAAGAAGCGGCGCCGGCGGAAGCGGCCCAAGGAGCGGCCGGGCGGGAUGCGUAUAGUGGAUGAUGAUGUGAGCUGGAAAAGCAUUUCUAAUGAGCAAGGAAAGGAAGAGGAAGAGGAGUUGGAAGAUGGAGACCUGCCCAUGGUGGCUGAAUUUAUUGAUGAGCGGCCAGAAGAAGUUAAGUGGAUGGAGGAAUUCCGUACCAGUAACAAGUGGAAGCUCCUGGGAAAUCAGAAUGAAGAGUCACUAAACUCUGAUGUACCUGGGGCUGCAAAAUCAAACAGUUCAGAAGCUGUGAAGCACCAGAAAGCGAAGCAUUUGCCAGAAUGGUCCCCACCCAGGAGGGGCCGCCUUGACUCUCCAGGUGGCAAAAACCAUCCCAGAACUGCUGGUGGGAGCCAAGAAGAAUACUUUCCAGAUAAGCAUUUAACCCGCCAGAGGCAGCCGGUUACCUCUGAUCUAUCCCCACCCAGGAGGAAAACACAUGAUUCUGAUACCAGCCUGUUGCCACCACGGAAGCUGGCGUCGUCCCCUCCUGGGCUGAGAAAGCAAGGCAAGGCCCGAGGCUCUUCUCUGGCCACUAAAAAGUGCCAGCGACAUGAUUCCCAGUCUGAUUCCAGUUCUCCUCCGCCAAGGACGAGCCCCCCAGACUCCUCGGAUUCAGACCUUUCUCCUGCACGGCCUGUUUGCAGUGGACGGUUGCAGAGUUCUUCUCCUGACCUUUCUCCUCCUAGAAGGAACCGGGGCAGGUCUUCAGACUCAGAUUUGUCUCCUCCCCGAAAAGGUCGGGAUGUGGGACAGAAGUCCUGUAGGUCAAGAAGCCCACCUGACCUCUCACCCCUGCGGCGGACCAAAGACUCCAAAGGAAAGGGAGCUGCUGAGCGGGUCCCUCAGAUGCUGUCGGGCGGCAAAGCAGGCUUGGUGUCAGCUGACCUCCUAAGAAGGGAAAGGCAGGAGCUGCAGAAGCAGGCUAGGAGCAGCAGGCACUUGGAAGAUGAAUCACAACAUGCAGCAACUGUUUUCCGGGACAAGUCAGGCCGUAAGAGGGACCUGAAGCAAGAACGGCUGGAUCAGCACAAGGCGGCUCAGGAAAAAUCUGAGCGAGACGAGCAGUAUGCCAGAUGGGGCAAGGGGCUUGCCCAGAGCAGGCAGCAGCAACAGAACGUGGAGGAUGCAGUGAAGGAGAUGCACAAGCCGCUGGCUCGGUACAUUGAUGACCAGGACUUGGAUCAGAUGCUGCGGGAGCAGGAGCGAGAAGGGGACCCCAUGGCCAACUUCAUGAGGAAGAGAAAGAGCAAGGAAAGGAGAGAUCGGAAUGAAAAGCCAAGGUACAGCGGACCAGCCCCACCCCUCAACCGGUUUAACAUCUGGCCCGGGUAUCGCUGGGAUGGUGUUGACAGGUCUAACGGCUUUGAGCAGAAACGCUUCGCCAGAAUUGCUAGUAAGAAGGCCGUGCAGGAGUUGGCGUAUAAGUGGAGUGUUGAAGACAUGUGAAUGGCCACUCUCGAGAUGCAAGAGAACCUCCUGCAGCCCCCUGCAGUGGCACCAUCCCUGAUAGCUAGGAUUAAAGGCAUUCCGCUCACAGGACCCUUUGCGGGGCUUUCGGAUGGUAGCAGCAGCAGCCAGACCAGCGUGAAGCUGUUGGUGUCCCUGGAGGGUACGCUGCGCAUGAAGGAAUGCAAGGGUGCUCUCUUGUGAGACGGCCCAGGGGGCGGGGUCACGGCCAGCUGUGCUUGAUUCCCAGAAGUGUCGACGCAUGCUGGGUUUGGGCUGUUGAUUUCAGAGCCGUGGAGGGUGCGGGAGCCAGGCAUCAGGCCCGUUUCAAAGUUUAAUUUGUUUGGGAGAAAAGGCAGGACUGAGGAGGACUGCUGUGCAGCAGACAAGUUUGGCGCCCUGGCUGGUUUGUGACUCAGGGCUCGGCAGCCUGCCCUCAAGCUCCCUGCCUUGCAGAGCAAGGCUGAACUUGUGCAGCGUAGAGGUCAGAGGGCCCCUCGUUUUGCCUGACUGUGCUCUGGCAUAUCGCUGAGCAGAGUGGCUGUUUCUGGGUGGUCUUGUGUGGCAUCGCCCUUGGGCAAUGAAUUCCUUCCAGCGGCAGCUGAGGCAGCUAGUUGGGAGAUUAACGGGUGAAGGUGACUACUCUCAGAGCCCCUGUGUCACUGUUGAUACUCCUGCCAAGUAGGAAGAAGCUUUGUGCAAAGACUUUCCCUACAAAGUGAGAUUCUUUGGGGCUGGGGCUAUUCACAGCAAACAUUUCUGAAUUCCUUUGUAAUCUGUAUGUAUAAUGUGUAAAUAUUUAUAACUUUUAUAUUUCAUUGUGUCAAUUUUUUUAUCACGCUACUGUUGCCUGGGUACCCAAGGUGUGAGGAAUCAGGGUUUGAGCUGCUGUGCUUUUCUCCUUUGUAUUGUCCUGUACCUUUUUACUAUGGCAGGACCCAAACUCGGACGUACCAGAGUGGAGAGCCAGAAUUCCUCUCUGCAGAGCUGCAGGUGUUCAGUAGUCUCCUUUUGCUUACUGUGCUUGUGUUGGUGGUCGUAUGAAAAUCCACUUCUGCUCCCAGUUUCCUUUUCUGGAUUAGGCACCUUUGCGGCUGACGGAUGGGGAGUGGGAGGGGCCUGCAAGAAGGGAUGUAGAAAAUGCUCCUGCUGCUUUCCCCACUUCAGGGCGCCUCUCAGUGGCUCCUGCCGGUCAUUGCAAGGCUGCGGCAACGUCCCAGUCUCUGGACAGUGGCAAGAUAUCGCUGUACUUCAGCAUGGGCAGUGUGCAGCUCUUGGCCCUGUCUGCUUUCCUGGUAUGUGCUGCGGUUUGGCUUUCAGACGUGCCUUGUUCUGGGCAAUGUGAACAGAGUCACUUUUUCUGAGAGGUGAAAAUGUACUGUGUAUGUGGCUGGGUAGAGUUACCUGCAGCCGGCUGCUAUUGGAGGACAGUGGCAGGGAGGGGGUAGCUUAUCUGAGAGGGUGGUCUGUCCAUUCCAUUUCCCUUCAAUGUACUUGCUGCAGAGGAAAUUGGAAACAGCUGUGAGAUUCAGGAAAUGUUUGAAGACCCCUGAAAAUGCUGCCAGGCAGCAUAUGUGCGCCUGGAUGUGUUCUCCUCCUCUAGAGAAGAGCUGAUCCUACAUUUGCGCAAGGGCUGAAAAAUAUGUCAGAGGAGUCUUGCUGGGUCAGACAAGUGGUCCAUCUAGUCUAGCCUCCCGAUAUUGGGGGGGGGGGAGUGAUUGGCCAAUUUUGGAUCACAUGAUGUGUGAACAUCACUUCCAGGCGAGGAUCCGGAAGUGAUGUAGCGAAGGUUUUUACCACAGAGAUUCAGGUUUAUGAGAUUCCUAGAGUGUUGACAGACAUGGUGAUGUUACUUCUGGGUGUUUGCCUGCAAGUCACAGUGCAUCGCAUGAUGCCUUUUUUCUCCUUUAACCUCCAUCAGUCGUCGUUUCAAGUCUUCCCUAGUUUCUGCCAGUAACGUGGUGUCAUCCGCAUAUCUCAAAUUGUUAAUGUUCCUCCCACCAAUUUUCACUCCACCUUCUUCUAGAUCUAAUCCAGCUUUCCUUAUGAUAUGCUCUGCAUAGAGGUUGAACAGGUAGGGAGAUAAUAUGCAUCCUUGUCUGACACCCUUGCCAACUGGAAACCAUACACAUGGAAUUCGUUGCCACAGGAGGUGGUGGCAGCUACAAGCAUUGCCAGCUUCAAGAGGGGACUGGACAAAUAUAUGGAGCAGAGGUCCAUCAGUGGCUAUUAGCCACAGGAGAUAGAUGGUAUUCUCUUUGUGGGGAGGUGGUGCUCUGUUGUCUUGGUGCUGGAAGGAAGGCAGUGGGAGGGCUUCUGGUGUCCUGGCCUCACUGACAGUCCUUUAGAUGGCACUGGAUUUCUAGCCACUGUGUGUGACAGAAUGUUGGACUGGAUGGGCCACUGGCCUGAUCCAACAUGGCUUUGCUUAUGUUCUUAUGUUCUCAUUCUGUUUCCCCAUAUUCUGUCCGGACAGUAGCCUCUUGUCCAGAGUACUGAUUGCGCAUCAAAACAAUCAGAUGUUGUGGCACCCCCAUUUCUUUUAAGACUCUCCAUAGCUUUUCAUGAUCUACACAGUCAAAAGCUUUGUUGUAAUUUAUAUAAAACAGGCUGCAAUUCCCUGGUAUGUUCCAUUAGCCAUCGUAAAUUUGCAAUGUGAUCUCUGGUGCCUCUUUUCUGAAUCCAGCUUGAACGUCUGGCAUUUCUCGUUCCAUAUAUGGUAAGAGUCUUUGCUGUAUAAUUUGCUUGCAUGGGAAAUUAAUGCGAUUGUCCAAGAGUUGCUGCACUCCUUGGCAUCCCCUUUUGGGGGGAUUGGAAUGUAGACUGAGCAUUUCCAGUCGGUGGGCCGUUGUUUUGUUUUCCGUAUUUGUGGGCACAUUCUUGUUAAGAUUCUGAUGGACUCCAUUUCUGUGGCUUGAAAUAGCUCUAUUGGUCUAUUGUGUCUCUCCAUUGCUUUGAGUGCAGCUUUUACCUCACUUUCUAGGAUUUCUGGUUCUUCAGCAAAAGAUUCUUCAGCAAAAGUAGGUCUAUGAUCAUGGAAUUAAAGACUUAAUACAAGCAACAAACUACCUGAGGCAAGAUAUACUAUAAACAGUCAUGAAAGCACAUUUAAACGUACAGGAUAAUGUUGUGAAAAGUAGGUGGUAGCCACAGUCAUCGCAGUGAGCUACAGUGUUACUCCGUUACAGAGGUGCCCUCCUGGACUGUUCCACUCUGCUAUGGUUCUAAUUUCUUUUGGAAGAUGCCGCCUUGAAUAUUAUUGCUUUGUACGUUCUGUUGAGCCUUCCUGACCUCAGGUGGGUGAUUCCUCAAGGUGAGAGCCACGACAGAGAGUGGGUGUGAAUGGGCAGCUGCCCGUCUUUGCAGUGUAACAACAAGUCCGGGAAUGAACCGUUAAUCAGCAAUUGAGUAGUAAAAUGUUCUAUUUUAUAUAAGUGCAAAGUGCAAAAGUGCAAAAGGUGUCUUAAUAAAUAUGCG